AUGGAUUACUCUACCACCACACGCCUGUAUUUUUCGUCAAGUCAAUGUGCUGAAUUGAUAGACAAGUAUCAUACAGUGGCUACUCCCAGUGACACGGAUAAAGAAAAUAUGAGUUCACAUUUCCUGAGCCUUGGCUGGGCAAGCUACGUUCUCGGUAACAAUGAGAUGUCAGUUGACUUUUUCGAGAAAGCUGCGAAACUAGGUAAAGAAAGAAAGGACAAAGAGAUGGAAUGCCGCGCUUAUACCAAUCUAGCGGUGGUGUUCGAGGCUGUUGCACAAGUUGAGAAAUCACGUGAUUACAGUUCAAAAGCACUAGACCUCGUAAAAACAGACGAGGUCACAGAUCUAAAGCAACGUCAAGUACUUCUGAACAAACAAGGAAUGUUGUAUCACAAUAUUCGUAACUUUGACGGGGCCAUCAGGAGUCAAGAGGAAAGCCUGAAAAUUAGCAAAGAACUUUGCGAUAAGCAAGGAGAAGCGACAUCGUACUACAAUCUAGGAACCGUAUAUUGUACUAUUGGCGACUAUAAGAGGUCGAUUGAAAUGCACAUAGAAUGCUUCAAGAGAAGACCAGAAAUAGGAGACCAUUUUGGUCUGGGUAUAUCUUGUAUGCAGCUGGCUUAUGUACAUUACAUGCAGGGCGAAUACCAUAGAUCAAUAGGGUAUCAAGAAAAGGCUCUUCAGAUAGGCAAGGAACUUGGUUUCGCUGAGAUGGAAUUAACAUCCUACAGCAACCUUGGCUGUCUUUAUCAGGCUCAAAACAAUUGUAAGAAAGCGAUUGAAUUCUAUCAAAAAUCCUUGUGCUCAAGUCAAACGGCUGGGGAGAGAAAAACCGCGCUAAGACAUUUGUCUAGAGUAUGCCAUUCUCUCGGUGACCAUAGCAGUGCAGCUAAGUUUCACGAAAGGUCUCUUGUUAUCGAUGGAGACAAAAACGAAUUUAUCUGUUCAGCAAGCAACAGCCCUGUACAAGAGGAAAUAUUUGAAGUGACAGAAGUAAUGGAAGGGGAUAAAAACCAUUGCUUUUUAAUCAAAAGGAAAGGCUGCUCUUAUGCCUCUCAACUGAAUGUUACAAAAUCUGUCGAAGGUUCAUCAGAUCAAAGCAUACAAAUACACGAGGAGCUAAGACAGAGCCAUGAUGAUGAAAGCAAAAUUACAUUGGACAAUCAAUGCGUUCCCCUUUACAAAACACCUGCCUCGCAAUUUGUUUUAUUCGGAGAACCCAAUAAGGCUCUGUUCGUUUUAGAACGAGGCCGCGCACGGGCGCUGAACGACUUAAUAACGAGAGCAUAUGCCCCAAACACAGUCUCCAGAAGAAUUCAAAGCGACACUCUAAGGAGCCUCAUUCAAGAGCAAAAAUGUUGCUUCCUAUUCAUGACAUUUCUGACAAAAAAUUUGUUUCUCUGGUUUUUUGAUAAAGAAGGAAAAUUAACAAUGAGACAACAUUGUGAUACAGAUCCGCAAGUAAAAAGUACUAAAGAUCUUCUGGAAACGCAGAGCAGAGAAAUUUUGGAAACUAUGAAAACAGAUGAAGACUAUGAUAACCCAAAUGAAGAAAAAGACCGCGAGCGACGAACGAAAAGAGACUCGUGUCUUCGAAGACUGUACAAGGCUAUUAUUGCUCGUGUUGCUGGUUUAAUCAAACCCCAUGAGGAGAUGGUAAUUGUACCCGAAGGGCAAAUGUGGUUGGUACCUUUUUCGUGUUUAAAGGAUAAGGAUGGCUGUUACCUGUCAGAAAAAGUGAGGAUCCGCCUCAGUCCAUCGCUGACCACGCUGAAGCUGAUCCAAGACUCCCCAGCGGAUUAUCACAGCCAGAGUGGAGAACUUAUUGUGGGAGUGCCGCAAGUUGGUGUACAGACGUUUCGCCCACUCAAGCUUGCAAAGAAGGAAGCAGAAAUGAUCGCUUCCCUGUUUGGAGUGCCGUGUCUCGUGGGAGAGCAAGCCACAAAGGAGGAGGUACUGCGAAGGAUCGGAGAGGUACGCCUGGUACAUAUUGCAACACAUGGUUCUGAAGAAAGGGGAGAACCGGCCCUGACACUUAGACCUUCUCACAGUCAAGAGCCGGUGAUGUUGGAAGACUUUGUGUUGACCGUCGAAGAGAUUGCGAGUCUAAAGAUUAGAGCCAAGCUGGUAGUACUAAGCCUCUGUUACGGUGGUCGGGGGAAGUUAAUGACAUUAGAAGGAGUCGUGGGGACAGCCCGGGCCUUCCUCGGGUCUGGUGCCAGAGCAGUCCUUGUGUCCAUGUGGCAAGUCCGUGAUAAAGCUGCUUAUAAUUUUAUGUCCAUGUUCUACAUGUUCUUAGUGCGGGGCAAAAUGUCUGCAAGUAAGGCUCUUCAACGCGCCCAGGAGAUGACGAGAAUACGCUUCCCAGACGAACAGGACUGGGCGGCAUUUACGCUUAUUGGAGAUGAUGUAACCCUUGACUAA